CUGGUGCCGUCCCCAUGGCUCCUUUGUAUGUGCCCCCACAAAGGGUAGAAGUUCAGGGGGUUCAGUACGGUGCACAAGUUACGUCCACUGCGUAUCCUCCCUUUGGAAAUGCUGCCCCAACUGCUAUUGUGACAACAGUGGUUCCUCUGGGAUCGCAGUCAACGCACAUGAUCUGUCCACAUUGCCAUUCCGAGAUAGACACUGCCACCAAAACCUCUCCGUCCGUGGUAGCAUGGUUGUCUGGGUGCAUUAUUUGCAUCCUAGGGUGCUGGCUUGGUUGCUGCCUUAUUCCCUGCUGUAUUAACGAGUGCAUGAAUGUCGAGCAUAAUUGCCCCAACUGCCAAGCUUUCCUGGGCAAAUACAAAAGAGGAUAGAAACCAGCAUUUUAACCUUCCACACAUCUCACUGUUAAUGGUGGUUAUUAUGUGACAGUCAGUAGCAGACAGAGCAGAUAUAUAUAGAGAUAUAUAUAUGUAUAGUAUAUUUAUUUUUCUCAUUCUGCAUAUUUUAUAUUUUCAGUUUGAAAUGAAAAGUUAGAAGGAUUAUGAUGUUUUACACACAUUCAUGCAUUGGUAUCAUUGAUAGUUUUUUGGUUAUUCUGCAAUGUGCAAUAGCCUUGCAAUAGUAAGAUAUUAGAAAAUGUGUGAUGUGAAUGGCUUCACUUUAUGAAUAAGGAUUGCCAUAAUGAAUUUUCUAAUGUAUGUAUCCAGAAACAAAAAUUUGUACCGCAACAUCAUAUUAGAUGUAGAUUACUUAUUUUAAUAGGAAGAAGAUAGUAACUAAAAUCUACAGCAGUAGCCUGCUGGUAGUAAUGAUUUUCAUGGAGAAUUAACAGUGAAGUUCAACUGUUUUCUAAAUCUUAUUUCAUUAUUACAUGUUGGAUGUAAAAAGAAGUUACAAAUUAGGGUCCCAAACAAGUAUUGAUAGUUUAUAGACAUUUCACUUUCUUUAGACACAAAUUUUAUAAAGUAUCAGAUCUCUUUUAAUACAUGGAAUGAAGAAGGAAGAAAUAUUUUAGAUUAGGUAAUCAUGUUGGUAUUACUUAUUCUUCCAUGCUUGUAUAUGAAGUGCCUUGCAGAUGAGUUGAUUUUGAAUGGAUAUGCUCAUCAGAAUAGGAAAGGAAAGUUUACCCUUAUUUUGCCUUUGCUAUUACUUACUGUCACAUAUAUUAAAGAAUAUUGUGCAAAGAGGAGUUUCGAAUCUAUUUGUGAAAUAGGAAGUAGUUGCCAAAGUUUUGUUGCUCUCAAGACAUGAUUUCGUUGGUAACGUAAUUCUGAAUCUUAUACAGUAUGUUCCAUUAGAUUAAAGCAGAAAUAGGAAGUACGGUACCUCAUCUUUUAUCUCAUUUUCAAGACUGUCAUUUGUUAUAUGAAAUCCAGACCAUAUAAGGAGUUAUUUUUUUAUUCAUGGCAGUGUCAUCUUAGCAUUAGUUGAAGAGCAGUUAUGUUGAUAUAGGUUGAGAAGACUUUAUUCUCAAAUUUAUUAGGUAUUUUAUAUUUGUAUCUUACAUGUCCAAUGCAUUUAUUUGCAUUGAUGCUAAACCCAGAAAAGAUUUUUUUUUUUUUUUUUUUUUUUUUUUUUUUUUUUUUUAUUAUAUUUAUUGGUUUAGGAUAAUGUCAUUGCAUUUAAAAGACUCCAUAUAUUUUGUGUUGUUUAGCUAUAAACUUCAGUCACUCUACUAUUUAAAUGGCAGUAACAAUGACUUUUGGGUUGUAAAUUCUUCAGAACUUCAAGAAAAGGUUUUGACUGUUAUACAAUAAAGAAAAGCAGAGGAUUUGAUAUUUAUUAAUUAGAUUAAUUAGAAUGUUACUAUAUGCAUAGGGGAUUGUUCUCAUUACUGAACCAUUCACAAAAUAUUAAUAUGUGUGCAUCAUUAACAUAAAAAGAUUUAUGAAUUUGAAGUAUUGGGAAUUGCAUUAAAACCUUUAAGAAGUAGAGCGUUUCUCUUUUGAAACUAAAGCGACACUAACGCCAUGUAUGAGUCUUCAGUAAGCUUUCAAAGGUGUUCAAGUAUAUGUAUCAGUAUUUCAUGGAAUCUCAAA